AUGCCAGUGAAAGCCAGUGAGCAAAGGAAUUACCUGUCCAUUCAAAUACCUCUGCAGUUGUGUAAGAUGCAAAGGUACGGCUCAGGUAAUGUCUUUCAGUGCCAGCACUGUCGAAGGAAACAACAGCCAAACAUUCUGCUGCCUUCUAAAUGCAGCAAGAAGACUCUGGACGAAGUAAGAUGCGGUGGUUUUUUGCAAUAGCAUGCCUAAUACAAACAACUGUAAGCUCAGAAGAACUCACCAGGAGCAGAAGAGAUGGGAAUCCUGAAAUUUAUAUGAAUGUUAGUCAAGUUAUUUCCUUCCGAGGAUACCCCAGUGAGGAGUAUGAAGUCUUAACAGAUGAUGCUUAUUAUUUGACAAUAAACAGAAUUCCCUGUGGAAGAAAAAAUCUUAAAAAUGGAGUAGGUCCAAAGCCUGUUAUACUACUGCAACAUGGAAUAUUUGGAGAUGGUAGCUAUUGGGUUGAAAAUAUGGCCGACAACAGCUUCGGUUUCAUAUUGGCAGAUGCUGGCUAUGAUGUUUGGCUAGCCAACAGCAGAGGAUCAAGUUGGUCUCAGAAACACCAGAAUUAUUCAACUGACCAAGAGGAAUUCUGGGACUUCAGUUUCCAUGAAAUGGCCAUGUAUGACCUUCCAGCAGUAAUAAACUUUAUUCUACAGAAAACCCAGCAGAAGGAAUUGUACUAUGUUGGCUAUUCUCAAGGUGCUUCUAUUGGUUUCAUAGCAUUUUCUGCCAUGCCAGAGCUGUCUCGAAAAAUCAAAAUGUUUUUUGCCUUGGCACCUGUGGUUUCUCUUAAGCAUACUCCAAGCCCUACAAUAAAGUUAUUAUUCUCCCUUUCUGAAAACUCCAUCAAGGGACUAUUUGACACCAAAGAUGUGGUUAUUUGGAAUGCGCCAAUGAGAAAGCUUAUCAUCAGGCUAUGCAACAAUGCAUUCAUGAAGCACAUAUAUGCCCAUUUGCUGUUUUCUCCAAGUGGAUUCAACGCCACGAAUUUAAAUAUGAGUCGAAUGGAUGUAUAUGCAGCUCGAUUUCCUGGUGGUAACUCUGUUAAAAAUGUGUUACACUGGCAUCAGGUGGGAAACUCAGAUUUAUUCAGAUAUUUCGACUAUGGGAGUGAGAAUCAAGCAAAAUAUAAUCAGCCCAAUCCUCCUUUAUAUAAAAUUGAAGAUAUGGCAGUGCCAACUGCAGUGUGGUCUGGAGGAAACGACUUGGUGGCAGACCCAGAAGAUAUAAAGGUUUUACUUCCUCGGAUAAGAAAACUCCUUUACCAUCGUAACAUUUUUGACUGGAACCACUGGGAUUUCAUCUGGGGUCUCAAUGCUCCCCAGAACAUGUACUCUAAAAUCAUCAAGUUCAUGAGGAAGUCUUUAUAAAGAUAUUUUGGCACAGUAGAUUUUAUUUUUGGUCAUAACACAAAUGUAUUUUAUGCAGAGGUUUUGGGGACCAAUGUUAUGAGGGGAGGGAAGACCAUGAGCUUAAAAAAGCUUAAGGAACUAAAAGUUAUUGGAAAACUGUAAGAGGAAACAACAAAAAUCUAUUUUAUGAGCCACCAGCAAAUAGGCUUUGGUCUUCCAAGGCUUUGGUCAAACAAGCUCACAAUAUAUAUGGGUUCUUUUUUUAACCCCUGAGGCUCUGGAGCUUCCCUGGACCUGCACAUAGUUCAGUGUCUUCUUUAAAAAUCACUUUGCAGGGAUGUUUGUUUAGUUUUGUUUGUGUUAUAAUUAAUGUCUCUAGCCAGGACAAAAAAUGGACUUUAGGUAAUAUGUUCUGUGCAUGUUCCAUGCAUGUACAGAGUCUCAUUUUUUAUUGUGCCCAUUUAGAACUCUGAAUAAAUUGAUGGUAGUGCUCAUAAUUCACGAAUCAAUGACUACCUAAGGGGGGGGGGUUUCACCAAUCUCUAGCUAUAACUCACAGUUUACACGAGUAGGCAUAUGGGUGUUCAUGAGAAAAGUGUAUGUAUUCUUGUCUGUUUCCCUGUCUCA